ACCCACCAUCACUGCACAAUAAGCGCUGCAUUGCUCAGAGAGUUAUCACUUUGUUAGACAAACAAUAGGGAAGUCAUGGCCACUGGAGAAGCAGGAAACAAGAGUGUGGAAUGGAGGGUGAAUACCACAGAGGGUUCAACAGUGAAGCUUGAGCCAGAGUCUAAUGUGAUUGGCAGAGCAUGGCAAGGAUUGAAAGUAAAGGUGUUUGAGUUUGCAAAGAAAGUAUGGAAGAUUGGAGUUGAUGAUCCUAGAAAAGCCAUGCAUGGCAUCAAAGUUGGACUGGCUCUUAGCCUUGUUUCACUAUUCUAUUACACUAGACCUUUGUAUGAUGGAGUUGGUGGCACUGCCAUGUGGGCUAUUAUGACUGUUGUUGUUAUCUUUGAUUAUAGUGUUGGUGGGAGUUUGUACAAGGGAUUUAAUAGAACAAUUGCGACAUCUACUGGUGGAGCUCUUGCACUUGGAAUCCAUUUCUUUGCUGAUAAAUCCGGGAAAACAUUUGAGCCACUGGUUCUUGGGGCUUCUCUUUUUCUUCUUGCUUCGGCAGCAACAUUCUCUCGCUUCAUCCCUAUUGUGAAAGCUCGGUUCGAUUACGGGAUCACCAUUUUCAUCCUCACUUUUAGCUUGGUUUCAAUGUCUGGUUAUCGAGUGGAGAAGGUGGUCACAAUGGCUCAGCAGCGGCUGUCGACCAUUGCCAUUGGAGUCACCAUCUGCUUCCUGGUUUGCAUUUUUAUUUGCCCUGUUUGGGCUGGUGGUGAUCUUCACCUGCUCAUUAUUCGUAACAUGGAAAAGCUUGCUGAUUCCUUUGAAGGUUGUGUGGGUAAUUACUUUGAUGGAAGUGAGAAAAAUUCAGCUGGCUACAAAUGUGUCCUUAAUUCAAAAGCUUCUGAAGAUUCUCUGGCUAAUUUAGCGACAUGGGAACCAGCUCAUGGUGCCUUCAAUUUCCGACAUCCAUGGAAACAGUACCUCAAAGUUGGCUCCGCCAUGCGGUACUGUGCUUACUGCAUCGAAGCUCUUAACGGUUGCAUCAAUUCCGAUAUUCAGACACCAGAACACACUAAGAAGCAUCUAAGUGCAGUUUGCAUGAAAGUGAGUUCAGAGGCAUCCAAAGUGCUAAAAGAGAUGGUGAACUCUGUGAUGACAAUGACGAAGUCACCGUGCAUCGAUCAUCUUGUCGGAGAGAUGAACAUUGCCGUGGAAGAACUACACAGUGCAAUGAGAACUCUCUCUGAUUCCAUUACAAGAUCAUCUGCAGUAAGUGUGUCUUUUGUUGAGACACUGCCUCUGAUCACCAUUGCAUCUCUGGUCAUUGAGGUAUGCACAAGAGUUGAAGCCAUUGUGGACUCUGUUGAGGAGUUGGCAAGCUUAGCUGGGUUUAAACCUGUUGCCAUUUCCAAUGAAACACAAGAACAAGAUGCCAUGAAAGCUGUUCAUGUUCAAAUUGUUUAAUCUGAUUUUCAUUUUGGCUUUGUAUAUUCUAUUCCAGUGAUGAAUAAUGAAAUGAAAUGCUUCUGAGUUA